GGCCCCAUUUGUGCAAAGUCGCGGUUAUCCUACUUUCAGCUUCCAUCUUCGAACUUUGGGGAAGAAAACUCUCAGCUUCAAACUAAGCACUAACCAAACCCCUAGUAAGCUUUCCGAUCAGCGAAGCAGACGAACGUAUAGUCCGUAUUUAGAUUUCUCUGAAGAAGCCGAUGUUUAACAACGCCGUGGUUUUUUGUUUCGUGAAUUUGCACGCUUGACUUUGAGCAUAUACGGUCGUCUCGAUGCUCAAAGAUACGUAAAACAGGAAACUAAGGCACCUGUAUGUACGCAUUUAUCUGUGUGUAUAUAUAGGAGUAUAAUCGAUGGAUCCGGAACAGACGUUUAUACGGGUACAGGAGCGGUUCUCUCAGAUGCUGAAUCCAAGGAUUCGAGCCACGCUUGAGUAUCUCUACCUCUUCAUCGCCGUCGUUCUCUUCUGUAUUCUCGUUGUUAUGCACGCCAACUAUGUCCAGCAGCCUGGUUGUUCGAGUGAGCUGUCAAAAGUGAACAUAUCAAAUGCACAAAUAAUUCAAAUCAAGAUUACCAGUUCUGGUUUGUGGCUCCAGAAUGAGACUGAGUAUUAUGAAGUUAAUGCCCUUGGCGACAAAAGUAAUACUGAAAUUAUUAAAGUCAUACAUGUUGUAGAAGAUGGCUCGGUAAUCCUUGCAGCAAAGUUAUGGUUGAACUGGAUUACUACUGGAGCGUGGAGGGGUAAACCUGCUCCAAAUUUUUGGAAGGCUGACUAUGACCUUCUGGAAUCCCAACCUGAAACUUCUACCAGCGGUAAUAGCAUCAAGUCUGCUGGUGAUAAUGCUGCUCUUAAAACUAAUAAAGAUGGUUCACUUAGCCGGCUUCUUAUAUCUUCAAAGGAAUCACUCAAAGCAGCUGUAUUUAAGCUGGGCCGGAAGUGGCAAAGGCGGUUGACUGUCCUUUGGAGAUUCGCUAAGCGUGUUUUGGGAGGUUUAUGGGAUAUAGCUGGUAUACAUUUGAGAAUUGAUAUUCCGCAGCUUCUGAAAACACUUCACUUGCACAAGCUUAACUCAUAUGCUGUGCAUUGGCUCGAGAGAAGAAGCAACACCUUUGAACCAACUUUCUUAUUCACAUUGGAGAAGGGCUAUUUCUUACUAUCGGAAGAAGCUAGGUUACAACAUAACAUUUAUACAAUCAACAUAAGCAUCUCAGCUCGACACCCAUGCUUUGGAAACAGGUGGCAGCAACUUCUUAUCAACAGGCUUGUUGGGUAUGAUACUAUUCUGAUCAACAGUUUGUUGAGUUCUCCUGGUCAAGGUUAUCUUUAUAAUCACCAAACGAAGGAGUUUUACAAUCUUACAUAUGCUCAUGAGAAACCUGAAAGUUCUGCAACAUUGGGAGAUUACCUUGUGACGAAGUGUGGCGUACUCAUGAUGUCACUUUUCGUUUUCUUCACCACCACAAUGUCAGUUUCGUUUACAUUAAGAGAGACACAAACUCGCAUGCUGAAGUUUACAGUUCAGCUCCAACAUCAUGCUCGGCAUAGGCUUCCAACUUUUCAGUUAAUAUUUGUCCAUGUGAUCGAAUCCCUUGUUUUUGUGCCUAUAAUGAUUGGCAUCCUGUUCUUCCUGUUUGAGUUUUAUGAUGAUCAGCUGCUGGCUUUCAUGGUCUUGAUUCUUGUUUGGUUAUGUGAACUCUUUACACUAAUCAGUGUCCGCACACCAAUAUCAAUGAAAUACUUCCCUCGCUUUUUUUUGCUCUAUUUUCUGGUUUUCCACAUCUACUUCUUUUCCUAUACUUAUGGCUUUUCUUAUCUAGCACUCUCUGCAACUGCUUCAUUUGUGCAACAUCUAAUCAUAUACUUUUGGAACCGUUUUGAGGUUCCAGCACUGCAGAGAUACAUGCAAAAUCAACGGUCACAUUUUCAACAGCAUCCGGACUUCCACAUAACAUCAUCGACAAUCCUUGCAUCAACUCUGCACAUUACUAGGUUAAACACACCAACCAGGAACCCCCCUGGUCCAGUAGUAGAUCCUAGAGGACUUGAUGCUACUGCCACAACAACAGGAAGAGGAGAUAGUGUGGAAUCAACAGAUAAUAAUGGAAGCUCUCUUCAAACUCACCAACCUGAGAACGGAGGAGGGGGCAUGAACUCAUUUAGCUCCUUACUGUUGUGGAUUUUAGGGGGCCACCCUUCUGAAAGUCUCAACUCAUUUCUUUCCAUAUUCAGAGAUGUAAGAGAUCAUGGUCAGGUCUUUGCAGAGACCCACGGGCAACAUAACCAGGCAACAUCACAGACCGCUGAGUAGGAAGAUGAAUGAGGAACAUAGAAGCGCUCGCAAAAAUUGCACAUAAAGAAGUGUUUUUACAGAGGAAUGGUUUUUCAAAUUUUGGGCAUCUUAAAUGCUGGAAAAACAUGGUUCAAUUGUAACAUUCAUGUACAUAUUAUAUUAUAAUGAUUUUCAUGUACUGUUUUUUGGAGCUUUUUUUAUUAUGGGAAAACAAAUCUGCAGUAAAACAAAAU